AAAUUCUGGAUGAAAGGGAGAUACAUAUCCUCCUCUUACAGUUUUUGUCAUUUAACGUGCAUGUUAAUAUUUUGUAGGAAGUGGGUUUUAGAAAAAACAAAGCCCCUAUGAAAAUGAUCUGGAGCCUGUGUCUCAUGUGUUUAGUUGGGGGUUUAAGAGAGGUUCUUGCCAGCCCCAUCAGGAAGACGGGCAGCAUGGAGGGCAAGGCUGCGCCUCAGGAGGAAGUCAAUGUGCUCAUGUUUGGAGUCAUACAGCUGAGCGAGUCGCUCAACUACGUCUUUGAAACAACUGAGGCAAAGAUCGAGAGAAUCAGCAAGACUCUGAAGAGUCAUGAAGAAACCCUCCAACGGCUGGGACAGCAGACUGAACAGGCUGCAGAAGUGGAGCAACAGAUAAAAGUAGUCGUCCAGCUGCUGCAGGAACAAAUGGCAAAACAACAGGCUCAGACCCAUUUAACAAAAGACUGGCUGAACAGCAUAGAGAAGGACGAGGAAGAACUGAUUGCAAAAGUUCACCAACUGGAGAUGUACAUCAACAACACUGCACCAAACACCCUCAAGGAGCUGCAGAAUAAAGCAGAGGCGCAUCUCCAAAUCUUGAAAGGUUUACAGACCUGGAACAAGAUCCAGAAAAAGGAUAUUGAGUCUCAGGAUGAGCAGCUUUCCAAACUGCAAAAGAUGAGUGAAACUAUACCAUACCUCAUUCAAGACUCAUCAGUUCAUUGAAUAAGAAAAAAUUCAUCAACUCCUCAUUGUUAUUACACUCCAUCAUUCCUAUAUAUGAAUAUUAUAAUAACUUUUUAAAUAAAAAUUAAGUUAAAAAUAAAGUUAAAUUAUACACAUUUUUUUGUCAUUUGUAAAUAAAUAUUAAAACCCUAAAAAAUC